AUGUCUCUAUCCCAAGGCCAAGUCCAGGGAUCCUGCACCCAGAAACCCAUCCCUCAACACCUACCGCUCAAUCGUCCACGCCCCAACCUCGACAGCCUCCCAGCUGAAAUACUAGGACAGAUUGCGAGCGAAGUCCGGCCUGCAACAGAAUUGGCUGAGCUGCGCCUUAUCAACCGACAUGUCAGCAAGAGCUUUACCUACGAAUGGGCCAAGCGAACUUUCGAACAGGUAGAGACAGAUCUCUCGUCCAAGUCCCUGGAGAGACUGGACAUUAUCAGCACCAAUCCAGACUUCGCCGUCCACGUGAAGCACAUCAAAGUUGCCUGGCACCAGUCGGAAGAAAUUGACGUUGACCGCGGCCAGGUCUUUGGAUCUCGGCUUCGCUGGCGCCGGGACAGCUCGGGGGGUCUUGUCUUCCCACAGCCUACAGCGCAGCGCUGGGAAGACGUAUUCGCACGGUUCACCAAUUGUGUGUCCUUUUCCAUAGAACGCCCAUUUGAUUCGCAGGGCUACGCAGACUUGGAUGGGGAAUACUGGGAGCCGCGUGGUCUGUUGCUCAUGGACCUGCACAUGUUCAUGAUGAACAUGUUCUCCAGUGGCCGGGUGGUGGUCGAGAAAUACGAGGUCGACUGGCGCACCGAUAAGUCGGGGUAUGAUGAUGCCGAGCCCUUCGACAUCAACGCCCCGGGCGUGAACACCGCACAUCUUCGGAAUCCCAGCUUCGCGGCGGCCUGGGGGAACAUUCGCAGCCUUGACCUACACCUCGGGGAUGUCACACCGGGCGGAGGCCAAUAUAUAGUCGAACUGCUCAACCUUGCGCCCAAGCUGGAAUCUCUGACGCUCGAUAUCGAAGAGAGCGAGGACGGCAAGGAAGCAGCAGUGAUACUUGAGAGCCUUGGGUCUGCGGAUUGUCCAUUCCAGCUCAAAUCGCUGCGUGUCGAAGAGGCCCGGCUUGCUGGAUCUGAAGAUGAUCUACAUAUGGCAUUGGCACGUCAUCGCUCGACCCUUACCAGCAUGGAGCUGGUCUCGAUCCACCUAGGUGCAGAUGGGAUUCGCUCUCUGUUUGACUUCUUCUUCUUUUACAAGCUCCCCGUUCUAUCGGAAUUCCUGCUUAACAAUGUACAAGACUGGGAAGAGGUCGGGAGCAGCCGCGAGCCCCGCCUCCUCAUUUUCCCCCAACUGCACACAGAGCUCUCUGGACAUCGACUAUUCGAGCAAAACCUGGACGAUCACAGCUACGUUGACCCGUGUCGGAUGUUCUAUUACUUUGGACCUAAAGGGAGCGAGGCUCUGACGUUCCUGAGCCGUGAAUACCACUUUGGAGCCAGCGGGUCCGUGUAG